AUGUACACUGCGCACUUCACCCCGGCAUGGGGUGGAUCGCUGGUGCCCACCCUCACACUCUCUGCGCUCUCCAUCUCCCCACCAGAACCACCACCCGCGCCCACAGCGCCUCUGGCACAACAUGACACCACACCGAGACGCGGCAAGAAGUCAAUCGCGGAAGAGGGCACGUCGAUCAAGGGAUUCGUGGGCGGCACCGUGUCGGGGCUGACCAAGUUGCUGGUGGGGCAUCCGUUCGAUACGAUCAAGGUGCGCAUGCAAUGCUCUCCCUACGGCACGUACACAGGACCGUUGGAUUGCUUUCUCCAACUCGCGCGGCGCGAGUCGCUGCUCGGGCUGUACAAGGGCGCAACACCACCCGCGCUCGGCUGGGCGAUCACCGACUCGGUCCUGCUGGGAAGUCUGCACAACUACCGUCGGCUUCUUGCGCGGCUUACGAACCCGGACUUUACCGACGAUGCAGCCAAGCUGGAUGUCAAAUACCAUGCGCUCGCGGGGUUGUUUGCGGGGUGGACGAAUAGCUUCGUCACCACACCGGUGGAACUCGUCAAAGCCAAGCUUCAGAUGCAAACCCAACGCGUCUCCCUACCCCUGUCGCAGAAAGCUUCGGCGGGGGUGGGGUAUACGGGGCCAGUGGAUUGUGUCAAGCAAAUCGUUGCGCAUCGAGGCGUGUUGGGGAUGUGGCACGCUCUGCCUGCAACACUACUCUUCCGCAGCUCGUUCGCAGCCAUGUUUGGUAGCUACGCAUACUUCCAACGCACACUCACCGAAUACGGCCUAGCUCCCGGCACGGUUACGUUUGUAUCGGGUGGUUUGGCAGCAGAGGUGUUUUGGCUCACAGCAUUCCCUGCAGAUGUGGUCAAGAAUAGGAUGAUGGCGGAUAACAUCACCCAGCCCCAGUACUCGAGCAUCCGCUCAGCAUGGGUGUCGGUCUGGAAUGCGCGAGGCGCACAGCUACCCUGGUACCUCAAAGUCCGCGCAGUAUACACCGGCUUCUUGCCAUGCCUCCUUCGCGCAUUUCCCACCAAUGCGGCGGCGCUCUUCGCCUUCGAAACCGCAAUGCACCUCAUGGGCGCCGAAAAGGUCUAG